AGAGACUACCAGAACAAAUGGCGGUUCCCGUUAUCUCUUAUUUCAUCAUUCUUUGGAGCGGUGUCAGAUUGACCCCUGGAUGCAUUUGUUUGUUUUAACAAUACCAGGUCAGGCAGCAGGACUCAUGGCCAGCACAGAUGGUGGAGAUGGUGACCCUGUGGAGCCAUCUGGAAACUACAGACAGUGUCAGGUCGUGAAGAGAAAGUGUCCUCUCCCACACUCGUGUCUCUCCAUUCUCUUUAGUUGCAGAUGACCAGGUGCUGACUAAGAGGGGUGGAUUUUCCUUCAAUGGCAUUUCAGGAGGAAGACAGCCAGGAGGACGCACGAGAGUGCCCAGUGUGCUACGAGUGUCUGUCGGGCACCGAGAGGACCCUGAGCUGCGGACAUGUCUUCUGCCACGACUGUCUGGUCAAAACGCUGGUCAGCAUCCACCGCAAUGGGAACAUCAAAGACACUAUUGUUUGCCCCAUCUGCCGACAUCUCACAUUCAUCAAGAAACAAAAGGAAACGCUCGUGGCCGUGAUGGCGGACAAGCAUCCAGGUGAAGUGCAGACCCUCGAGGUACCUCUCCCUCCGCCACCGAGACCGGACCAGAGCGCAAGGCGUGCCUCCGGGGACCCUUUACCGGGACAAGUGAACUGGAUUACUCGCUGCUUUAGAGGGAUGUCGAAUCGAUUCCCCCCACAGAGGUGGAUCAGCCCCAGCCAUAACGCGUCUCAGAUCUUCAUCAUAAGCGCUCAGGGGCGACCCAUGGCUGAAAAUGAAUACAAUGCCAUGAGCGUUGUGAUGACUGUGGUUCAACCCCGGCGCAGGAGAAGGCGCAAGAUUUGCACAACUGCCCGAUGCCUGCUUGUUUUACUGUCAGCGUUUACUAUACUGGCACUAGUGGCUGCAACUUUACCCUGGAUUUUGCUGGCAUAGCUCAGGGAUAUACGUGUGUCUGGAUUAUGGAGUACCAUGCACGAGGAAACGAUGGACUGACAUGUUCAGAACAUACUGGAGGGACGUUUGUCUUCCAGGAUGCAAUGCAAACAAAUAAUCCGAUGCGUUUAUAGGAAAUAAGAAAUACACUGAGCACUUUAAAUUGAUUUAAUUUGUUAAUGGUUUGGUUUGCAAACAAUAUUGUAGGAUGUUGUCAUCUCAUUUCCUGAUUUUAAGGAAAAGUCAAGGAGUUUAUAAGCAUGCCCAUGUCCUUUAUGUGCAUUUCCAAGCAACAGUCUGAGGUACAAUAAAGGUUAAAGCCUUGACAGCU